AUGGAUCUCAAGACGAUAAACAUCACCGAUCCAUGCGAGGUACAGACAGUCUUUGAUAAUCUUCUGGAUUGUCGAAACAGGGAGGAUCUGGCAAAGCAAUACGACAAAAUAGCACCAGACUACGAUAUGGUAGCGGACGGAAACUAUUUUGGACCUGCUGAAACAGCGGCUAAGCUUCAGGAAAUCGAACCAAACAAAAAUGCCUGUAUUCUUGAUGUCGGCUGUGGAACUGGUUUGGUUGGCAAAGCAGUUUGGAAUGUAGGCUACCUUAAUCUGUACGGAAUCGAUAUGUCCGAGAUUUCGUUGAACAUCGCGAGCGAGAAAGGAGUCUACUCCAAGUUGAUUAACGCUACAUUUGGACCCGAAACUCCUCUUAACUACAGAGACGAAUCCGAACAUGAUUUAUUAAGCAAGGACACUUAA